CACGGCAUAGUCGCUUUCGAAUCGUUCUGAAAAUGACAGCUUUCCUAGUUUCCAUUGCAAUCGCUCUCCUCGCCGCCGUUCAGGCAUGGGAUUACGGAGUUCCCUACUAUCCGGCACCGCACUAUUUCGAACAGCAGCAGCCAUAUGAUCUGCGGUGUCCGCCGACGGGUCCCGAAAGUCUGGUCUGUGCCGGAGCUCCGGGCGCCCAGCCAUCCACCUUUCCCAGUCCCUGCGAGGUCCAACGUUUCCGUGCCCUAACUGGCAUAAACUGGGAGAUCAUCCACGAGAACAGAUGCGAAACAUUGGAGGUCUGCCCGGACAACUGCCAGGAUCAGUACAGUCCGGUGUGCGGCAAGUACAAGGAUACCAGGCGCAACUUCAGGAGCGAGUGCGAACUGCAGCUGGUCAAGUGCCGCACAGGACAUCCUUGGCGGAAGCAGCACGAUGGCCCCUGUGAAAGCAGGUAUCCUGUUCCUCAGUCGCCUCGCGUUCAGAACUACAAUCCCUAUGCGAUUAAUCCCUACCAACCGAACAUCCAAGCUCGUGGACCCUAUGGCGCCCAAGGACCUUACGGCUCUCAAGGACCUUAUGGAUCUCAAGGAUCUCAAGGAUCUCCUGGAGCCUACGGUCCAUAUGGGCCACAAUCUCCACCUCAGCCCUAUCCGCUAAGUUCAUUUGUGUCCCCGAAACCCACCCACGAUGCGCCUAUCUAUCAGCCCUAUCAGAUAUCCUGGGAAAAUCUGCCCACCGAGUAUGCCGAAACCUCCAAACCUUAUCCGAAUCCAGCCUAUGAGACGACACCAACUACUACAGCCACAACUGCUUCUACAACUACUUCCACAACCACUACUACAACUGCCCCUACAACUACUACUACAACUGCCCCCACAACCACUACUACAACUGCCCCCACAACCACUACUACAACUACUACUACAACUACUCCCUCACCAACUACCGCUAAAGUCACAACUACACCUCAACCAGAUGAGACCACCGCGGCCUCAAGUGCAACUCUAAAUCCCAGGCAGAAUAUAAAGGUGAAUGCUGCGUUCGAAACCGACCAAGAGCCCACAACUGGUCAGCCUGAAGAAUCUACAGAGCCCAGUUCCACGGAGUACGUUGCCACCACUCCGCCUUUGAAGAAAUACACAACUACUGCCGCUCCCAGAUUUGCUACAACCACUGCACGACCUUCGAGACCUCCUCUAACGAUAAACGCUGUUCAAAAACCCAAACAGGAGGCUCCGCAGACUGAAUCGACUGCAACUUACAAGUCUUUCAAUGCUUAUAAUUCAUAUGCAGCCGACACCAGCACUAAAACUCCUGAGCCCGAAGAGGUUACAAAGUUGCCCUUAGACAAUGUCUUCAAAGUAAAUGAAGUCCAGAUAAGUACUGAGAAGACAACCAAAAAGGCUGAUGAGACAACGCAGCCAACCACUCGUAAAGCGGCCCCCACUUACCCAUCAUAUCCAACUUAUGCAUCCUCAAACUCAUAUGAAACUUAUCCAGUCUAUGGUUCCACAGAAGCUUCCAAGGAUGAGGAAACUACCAAGAAAUCUCUCGACGAUAUAGUCAAAAUAAAUAGAGUUCAAGAGGAGAGUACUAAAAAGGAUGAUGAAGAGACCACAACGGCAGAUCCCGAUUCGGAAUCUUCCACACCUAAAUCGCAGCCUACCUACCCAUCUUAUCCAACAUAUCCAGCCUCAAAUGCAUAUGAAACUUAUUCAACCUAUACCGCCACUGAAGAACCUAAAGUUGAAGAAGCUGCUAAAGUGCCCAUAGACAAGUUGGUGAAAGUAAAUGAAGUGCAGAUAAGUACUGAAGAGCCUGCGACAGAAGCUAUUACAACAACUAAAGCGCCAACUACUUACCCAUCGUAUCCGACUUAUCCAGCCUCGAGUGUGUAUAAAACUUACAGCUCCUCUGAGACGCCAGACGAGGACGAGGACGAACAGGACGAGGAAGCCAAAAUAAGUCCAUUGGACAAAGCCAUAAAGAUCAACGCUGUCUCCGAUCCAAAAACCAUUCAGAACACAACGUUUGCAACGACACCAUUGCCAGAAACCAUCAACGAAUCUAUCUCAGAUGUGGAAAAGGAACCUGAGAUUAAUGUAGAUACUGUGGCUGAGAGUGCGAAGACUGAAUCUGCAGAAAUUCCAGAAAUUGUCAAGACAGAAAGCGUUAGUAAGAACGGAACGCAGGUUAAUUUGGAGGUGACCUGCAAACGAGAAUCCAAAAAACUAAAGCUGGACACAUCGAGCUCCGAUCGAAGCAACAUUUAUUUCAUAUUUUUGGGCUGCUAAACAAGUUGUAUAUUGUGUUCUAGUGUAAUUGUAUGUUGUGUUAUUAUAGUGCAAUGCUGCUGUCCAUGUUUAAUGUUUAAUGUUUAAUGUUUAAUGUUGAAAGUUUAAUGUUUAAUGU